UAAGCAACUCCAGUGCAAAGUUUAAGAACAGACUGCUUUGAGUUCAUGCAAAUACAUACGGCAAACUGUUGAACCCUGAGAAAACCAGUUAAAAGCAAACAGGAACCUAAAAAGACUAUAAGAAUUAAGGACAGGCCAAACGAAUUUGAGGCCAGGGCGCACGGCUCGAAAAUUACCCAGGUGUUUGGGCCAUAAAACAGCGACACGACUGGGCCGGCAAAUCGGGGCGAGAAAGCAGCCCUAAUUUGAGGGCAGGUAAAGCUCCUCGCCAGGUAAAAGCCUACUUGUGCAUCGCAGAAACCCCUUUUCAUGCUGGCAUAUAAGUCGGAGGGUUGAGGGAUUGCAGCUGUCAGAGAGAGUCGAGGCUUCAGAUCGGCAACAACAUGGGCAACGUCAUGGAUCGCAAGGUGUCCUGCUCGGAGGCACGUGCCGCAAGUGCCCCGCCCCAGGAUCAGGAGACCAUGAAACCCGAGAAGGAGAGCGAGGCGCAGGAGAUUGUCCCCAAUUUGACUUUCCACCUGUUCAGCUACCGCCAGCAGAUGGGCUGCAAGAAGCAUCAGAUGAUGAAGUGGGCCACCUCCAAGCUUCUGCUAACCGAGGAGCUGCUGAAGCUACAACGAGAGCAUCUCGGAGAAACCACCGAGUCCUGGACCGACUACGGCUCCUACCUUACGGACGAGGAGGACGAGGAGAACCGUGCUCCAGCCGGUGCCUAUGACCCGCUGGCCCUGGAACUGAGCAACCUGAAGAACUACCGCCUGGAACUCAGGAGCACCAUUCUGGAGUUCGCCCAGGAGAAGAUGAAGAAGCGGGAGAAGAAGAAGCUGAAGCGUCUGAAGCGGCGCACCCUGAUCUCCUCCAAGAAGCCCAGCAACAAGAACAAGAUCAAGUACUGGCACCCGCAACUGGAGUCGGAUGAGCAAAUGGAUCCGGAUCCCCAUGACGAUCCGCAGGAUCCCCAGGCUGAGGUCAUUGCCAUCGAUUAGCCCAGUACGUGUAGUUCCUAAGUCUUAGUUAAUUUAGUCGUUACCCUCGUUUUAAUUGUACAUAUUCCCAUCCCCUAGUCUGUUUUUAUAUCCAUUAGUAGUUACUAUAAUAAACAAUUAACUUGAUAUCCUAUCUGACCAACUGCCUCUUGUCGGGACUCUGGA